GGUGGUAGACUGGCAUGGGAGGAGUUAUGCAGAAGUUCCUAGUUGCAUCAAUGUUCAUGGGGAUUCUUCCCAUUGCGAUAUUAUACAGUUUCAACAACGAUUUGCUUCCUGGUUCAGCAACACUGUCUCCGCAUUCUCUAACACUACUGAGUGGAUUUCUUGCGGUGGUAUCAGUCAACGUAGUGAUUGUGUUCUACAUCUGUCUGGCGCUGAAGGAACCUGUAGAUAAACACAACUGAGACACUUCUUUUGUCGCAGAGGCCAAAGAUAGUGUGAAGAAAUUCACAUCAGGAGGAGUCCCAAGUACCGAUCCGGCGCUUAAGAAACAAGAGUAAGAGCUACGCAGUUCCCGUUUUUUGAUACUAGGAAUAGUGCUGAGAUUGAAUCAGAGAGCAGAGCUCAGGUUGUUGCAAUGUGUUGUUAUAAUUGUAGAAAUUCUUGCCUGGUAGAUCAUCCUCUUUGUGACAUUUGAGGGGUUUUGGGGUUGGUUUCAGCAACAGGAACAGCAAUGCUUAUGUUGAACAGAGACAAUAGCUAUUGCUUUAGGGACAAAACUCACAAAUACCAUGUC